GCGCAGCCUUCAUAAAGGACGUCUCUCCAGACACUACAUUAGUUUAUUCUUUAUUUCACAGAGUGAGCACAGAAGCUGCAAGAAGGGCAGUGUGAAAUAACGGCAGAAACUUCACAGCCAGUUGUUUUUGUACAGGAGAAGCAAAUAGCAGAUCAUGAGAAAACUUUAAAGGUGCAUAAGGAAGACAAGUCUCAGAACCUGCUGGAAAUGAAUGGACGUAUGCCAAUGCCACAUUCCUACGACUAUGAUCUCAUUGUCAUUGGUGGGGGCUCAGGUGGUCUGGCAGCUGCCAAGGAGGCUGCCAAAUAUGAAAAGAAGGUGAUGGUGCUGGACUUUGUCAAACCUACGCCACUGGGAAAUUCAUGGGGUCUUGGAGGAACAUGUGUAAAUGUGGGCUGUAUACCUAAAAAAUUGAUGCACCAGGCAGCUUUACUGGGACAAGCCUUGGAAGAUUCACGCAGAUUUGGAUGGCAGUUUACGGAAGAAGUCAAACACAACUGGAAGACUAUGACAGAAUCUAUUCAGAAUUACGUUGGUUCACUGAACUGGGGAUAUCGGGUUGCACUGAGAGAGAAGAAAGUCAUGUAUGAGAAUGCAUACGGAGAAUUUGUUGGGCCACACACAGUUAAGGCAACAAAUAGAAGAGGAGUUGAGAAACUGUACACAGCUGAGAGAUUUCUUAUUGCCACUGGUGAACGACCACGCUACCUGGGUAUACCUGGAGACAAGGAAUACUGCAUUAGCAGUGAUGAUCUUUUCUCUCUGCCUUACUGUCCAGGGAAAACCCUGGUGGUUGGAGCUUCCUAUGUUGCCUUAGAAUGUGCAGGAUUUCUUGGAGGUCUUGGAUUGGAUGUCACUGUAAUGGUGAGAUCCAUCCUCUUAAGAGGAUUUGACCAGGAUAUUGCAAACAAAAUUGGCAAAUAUAUGGAAGACCAUGGAAUCAACUUUAUUAGGGAGUUUGUGCCGAUCAAGGUUGAGCAGAUUGAGGAAGGAACUCCUGGAAGAUUGAAAGUUACAGCCAAGUCCACAAAGGGAAACCAAAUAAUUGAAGGCGAAUACAAUACUGUGUUGCUAGCUAUUGGACGAGAUUCAUGCACAAGAAAAAUUGGUUUGGACAAAGUUGGAGUGCAGAUAAAUGAAAAAACAGGAAAAAUUCCUGUCAACGAUGAGGAACAAACAAAUGUUCCAUAUAUCUAUGCUGUUGGAGAUAUUCUGCAGGACAAGCUGGAACUCACACCAGUGGCAAUCCAGGCAGGAAGAUUGUUGGUUCAAAGGCUUUAUGCUGGGGCAACCAGUAAGUGUGACUAUGUGAAUGUUCCAACUACUGUAUUCACGCCUUUGGAGUAUGGAGCCUGUGGGUAUUCUGAAGAGACUGCAGUGGAGAAGUUUGGGGAGGAAAACAUUGAGGUGUACCAUAGCCAUUUCUGGCCACUAGAAUGGACUGUGCCAUCCAGAGACAAUAACAAAUGCUAUGCGAAGAUAAUUUGCAAUAUUCAAGAUAAUGAGAGAGUCAUUGGUUUCCAUGUCCUUGGUCCAAAUGCUGGGGAAGUCACCCAAGGGUUUGCGGCCGCUAUUAAAUGUGGGAUGACAAAAGAACAGCUGGACAGCACCAUAGGAAUUCAUCCCGUCUGUGCAGAGAUAUUCACCACUCUGUCUGUGACUAAGCGUUCUGGUGAAAGCACCCUUCAACCUGGAUGCUGAGGUUAAAGACCCCCAUUCUUGUUAUUGCCAGAGACUGACUUUCAUCGCAGCGGCUGACUUGUGCAAUUCAGAAGAAAGGUUUUGGGAUGAGUCAUUCUCAGUCAUCUGCAGAAACAUCCAAUCCAUCUGUGGAUCUUAAGGGAGUUCCCUUAUUCGAAGGAGGAGAGGACUGUGGGAGUUGGUCACUUGCAGUGAUUGACUGGCAAUUAGCAACGCAAUGGGACUAUUGACUAUCGAGCUGUUGCUUAGCAGGGCAUUGAACAAAUGCUUUCAUGAUGUCAUAGCCUGAAGCCUGCAUUGUCUGGUGGGCAGUGAUGGAAGAACUGCUAGCACAGCUGGACAACAACUGUUUUGGUUUGGAUUUAUUCCUCUUUAGUUUCUUACCUGAACAAAGAACUUCCAAACUCAAAAUAACCACAAGUUCAGAUAAUUGUUUAGCGCCCCUGUGUAUUAGGUUAUACCACAGCAAUUGCAAGGUCUCCUCAGGAGCAGGUGUUUUACCAGCUCACAUGCCUGUGGAGGGGAAAUUGUAUCUACAUGCUUGAUCAUGAGAAAGAAAAUGCCCUUGGAAAAAAGUUUAGUACCAUCUAGAAUAACUUAUUUCCUGGCUUCCAAACAGACUCCAUUGUGACAUUUUAUUUUAGAGAAACUUGUUUUUGAAAACAUUCUCCUUGGUGAGAAAGGAAAGUACUUUUUAUUAAGGCCUUGUUAUACAGGAAGGGGGGGGGGGGGGGGGGGGGGGUGUCCCCCUGAUAUUAACAACUGUACAUGUAACACAGGUGUGAUCUUAGCUUUAUCUUGCAGCUUAUGUGAUUAUAAUUAAUCCAAUUUGCAACUGACAGAAUUCCAAUGUGGAAUGAAUUAUAGUUCUAAGAGGUCUGUGCAACUUUAUUAAAUUUGAAUAAAUUCUUCCUUUCCAGGUGAGCUGUUGUAUGCUGCACCAUUUCAGGUCUAAACUGGCCACUUUGAACGCAGCAGUAUUGAGACUUGCCCUCAGAUUAGUGAGCCUAUAGAAUGCAAAAACCUGACCAAACAACACCCCCCUCAAAACAAACAAGCAAACAAAACUCCCACCCAACCUCCAAAAACCAAUAGUGAAAAAUCUUCUAUGUAGAUAUGGCCUAAAAGCUGUAUUUAGUUCCAUGUGUGCUUUGUUUUAUAUUUAAUUAAGGAAACAAUACUUUUAAAACAGAAGUUUCCAUGGAAAAUAACAAAUUCUUGAAUAUUCCUCCUGUGUGGAUAAACUGCAUACAUAUUUAUCAAGAAAUGGUAAAAAUGCCUCUUUGUAAUGGAAAUGAAUGUGCUUUUUGAUCUGGUUUUUCAUUUCCCUCUGUUUUUGCAGAAAGGUUUGGAUUACUUCUGUUCAGUGGUUCUCAAGAGUUUUAAUAGUGCGGUGUGAACAGGGGGUAAAUUCUCCAGCCCCCUGGGCAGAAUGCCUUAUGCCUAAAUUUCUACUUGGUAACAAAUUCAUGUAUUUCUACUGAGAUUUCUAGAAUAGUGGUGUAAGUUAUUUUUAUAAAUUCAUACAUAACUGAAGGAUUUGUAAACGUGGUUUGUAUAGUGUCAAGAACGAACGGUCUGUGGUGGUAUUAUUCUGGCCAGUUUAUUAAAUGGACU